AAAGUCGUACGCAGCCUUCUUCACCUACCAUCUCUGUCUCUGAACCAUUUCUCAAAUCUCAAACUCUCAACAAACCUUCUUUCUGAUCUCCCGCUUCUCAUGGCUCUCUCUCACGCAGCUUCCCGAUCUAAUCUCCUCAAGCCCCUCGCCUCCGCUUUCUCAUUCUCCUCCUCCUCCUCCCUCCGUCGUUCCAUCUCCUCCGCUUCCGAUGACUCUGCCACCCUCACCGUCGAGACUUCCGUCCCCUUCACCGCCCACAACUGCGACGAGCCUUCCCGUUCUGUCGAGACUACUCCCAAGGAGCUGCUUCGAUUCUUCCGUGACAUGGCCCUGAUGCGCAGGAUGGAAAUCGCCGCUGACUCUCUCUACAAGGCUAAGUUGAUCCGCGGUUUUUGCCAUCUCUACGAUGGUCAGGAAGCCGUCGCUGUGGGAAUGGAGGCUGCUAUUACCAAGAAGGAUGCUAUUAUUACUGCUUAUCGGGAUCACUGUACCUUCCUUGGUCGUGGAGGAACGCUCCUGGAGGUUUUCUCGGAGCUAAUGGGACGACAGGCUGGGUGCUCCAGAGGUAAAGGUGGUUCUAUGCAUUUCUAUAAGAAGGAUGCUGGAUUCUACGGCGGCCAUGGUAUUGUUGGGGCUCAGGUUCCUCUUGGAUGUGGAGUGGCCUUUGCGCAGAAGUAUUCUAAGGACGAGACUGUUACUUUUGCUCUUUAUGGCGAUGGUGCCGCGAAUCAGGGCCAGUUAUUCGAAGCACUUAACAUCUCCGCACUUUGGGAUCUGCCUGUCAUUCUCGUCUGCGAAAACAACCAUUAUGGUAUGGGGACCGCUGAAUGGAGAGCAGCGAAGAGUCCAUCUUAUUAUAAACGUGGAGACUACGUUCCUGGAUUGAAAGUGGAUGGUAUGGAUGCUUUAGCUGUCAAACAGGCUUGCAAGUUUGCAAAGGAACAUGCUUUGAAGAACGGACCACUUAUUCUCGAAAUGGACACGUAUAGGUAUCAUGGUCACUCUAUGUCUGAUCCGGGUAGCACUUAUCGAACACGUGAUGAAAUUUCUGGUGUUAGACAGGAACGUGAUCCCAUUGAAAGAAUAAGAAAACUAGUAUUAUCCUAUGAUCUGGCCACCGAAAAGGAGCUAAAGGAUGUUGAGAAGGAAGUCAGAAGAGAAGUCGAUGAGGCUAUUGCUCAAGCCAAGGAAAAUCCUUUGCCAGAUCCCGCUGAACUCUUCACAAAUGUGUAUGUGAAAGGUUUCGGAACUGAGUCAUAUGGAGCAGAUAGGAAAGAAGUGAGAGCUGUACUUCCAUGAUUUUAUUUAGGUCGAAACACUGCUUUGAACCACCUCUACACACCACCAAAACCCACCAGUGGCAAAAAUAAUAAUUGAGAGGUUUGAUUGGAAGUUAUUUUUUCUCUCUUCACGGGUAUCCGUUUGGUAACGCCUCUAAUUUUUUCGUAGAAUAGUGAAUAUAUAUAUUUUGUUUUCCCUUUCAUUAAUGGGAAAUAUUUCAGUGAUUUUGCCUUGAAAUAUUUAACCCUAUAUGAUGUUGGUAUAUUCAUUUGUAACUGUGAAAUAUGCUUCUUUUGCCUUUUGCAUGAAUAUUCACAAUAAAGAGGGAGAUCUUAUCUUAUGGGUUCAAAUUCA